AUGAUCACAUUCAGGCUUCCCGUCUCUCCAGCCCCCGGCCAGAAACGAAACAACAGGCCACCCACUAACUGCACAUUCAUGGAUCGAGAUAGAAAAGAAUUCUUUCCAGUACAACCGUUCCAGCUUACAUCUUGCACCAGGGCCGCUAUGUAUGGCAGCUAUAUCCACCUCGUCUGUAUCGAGGGGCAGCCUGAGGAUUACGUAAUAUCUAAUGAGUUAACUGCAGGCGAAUAA